CUUUGUGCUACUCUUCAUUGAAGGCAUUGUUAUACUGUAUUUACUAUUCACCAACACGAGAGUAAUAAUAUACUACUUAGAAAGUUGAUACACAAAACAAUGAUUGAGAUACUAGGAUUAUCAGUUAUGCUUUUAAGAAUCGCCACAGGAGCAGAAAAUGUUACGUGCAGCAAUUUUUGUGAACAAGGUGCAAAUAGCACAACGGAGACAUGUAACCAUAUAUCUGGGGCAUGUUUACAUGGCUGCAAAGAUGGAUUUUAUGGUUCAAACUGCACACAAAGAUGUUCUGACAUAGACGUAAACUGUGAACGAUGCGUCGAAAAAAAUGAUAACAACGGAAUUGAAUGCGAGCGAUGUAGCAUGAACAACUAUUUGUCGUCUGGAAAAUGUUUGCAAUGUAACUACUGGUGUUUGGUUGAACCUGGUAGUGCUGAGUCGACCUGUAGGCAAGAGGAUGGUUAUUGCAAUCAUGGUUGUAAAACAGGCCGUUAUGGUUUCAUGUGUGGGGAACGCUGCAGUUCCACAUGCAAAGAUGUGUGUCACAGGGAUACCGGAAAUUGUUUGGAAUGUAAAUAUCCGAGCUAUUGUGGUCCAACUUGUAAAAUGCAGUGUCAAGAUGGUUGCUUACUUCAACAAUGUAACCAAUCAUGUCAAUGUGUAAAUGGAUGUACUGCCACACAUUGGGGAGAAACAUGCCCGACUGUAUGCAACACACACUGCAUUAAACCAGCUGACCCUUCAAUAAGAGUUUGUAACUCUUCGGAUGGGACAUGUCUAUUAGGUUGUGAGGGUGAACGUUUCUGGGGAAAUCAGUGUGAUGAAUCAUGCUCUAAUAAUUGUGUAAAUGGCAAGUGUGAGCAAGACACUGGGAACUGUUCAGAGGGUUGCUCAAGUAGGAGAGUCUACGGUUGGAGUUGUAAUGAAAAAUGUCACGAAAACUGUCUUGGCGGCACUUGCAAAAGAGCUGAUGGAUAUUGCGAUGAAGAAUGUAGGGUGGGUACAUUUGGAAUAGAAUGUAACUUUAAUUGCAGUGAAAACUGCAAAGAUACUAUAUGUAACAGACAAAGUGGUUACUGUGACAACGGUUGUAAAGAUGGAAGUUACGGUAACAAUUGUGAAAACACCUGCAGUACAACGUGUUUAAACCGUAGAUGUGACAUUAUUGACGGCAGUUGCACAGAAGGAUGUAUCUCUGGCUUUAAAGGACGUACAUGCAAAACAGGAAACAAGAUCAAUGCAGAGGACACACAGCCCCAGAUUAGAAAUCAGCAAGUAUACACAACAUUACAGCAUAGACAAGAUGAGAAUCAUGAUACAACAAAGUAUGAUGUGUUACGGUUUAGAGAAGAGAAUACUACAGAACAGACUAUGUAUGAAAACAGCGGUUUGUGA